AUGCUUCAGGGCCUGAAACAAAUGGAAAGUCAGUCUGGAAGGCCGAUCAGGGCUGGCCUAUUCAUUCAGCCUGUGGAAAUCAUCUCGGAUCUUCUAAAGCGACUCUACACCGAAUUCCUCGCCUUUUUGGCCGGAAAAUCUUUUCGAAGCGCUGUUCCGCCAAUCCAGUUCUGGUUCACUCUACCAGCAACUUGGUCCAACCCCACUCGCAUGCGCAUGCUGGAGGCAAUCAAUGGGGCUGGUUUUCUCAGCCGAGACGUAGACACGAUCUAUUUCAUCACUGAGGCCGAAUCUGCUGCUUCGUAUUAUGUCAAUACCCAUUCUGAGUCCUUCGAGAACUUUGCCGCUUUUUUCAUUCAAAGCGCAAAUCCAAGUUUAGCUGGUCAGCAACUCGCUUUCACAGCGAUUCGAUGCGGCGCUGCCGAUGUUGAUUACAAGCUGUACAAUAUCCUAUGCCGUGGGCUCGGCCAGUCGGUCAACGAGUUGAAUGAAGAGCUUCGUGGACCGACAGGCAAGCUGAUGCGAGUCAUCAGAAGAGACAAGGCCAAGUUUGAGCGCGACCCAGUAACAGUUCCACUGCAAACUGUGGCUCGCAACGCCAACCCUGCAGUGUACGAUCGGAGACGAUCUCGAUUCACAUUUCAUCCUCACGAUGUGCAGGGCGCAUACAGGCCUGUUAUCAAUGUUGUCCUGAGCACCCUACUCCAGCAAUUGAAUAACAUGGCAAUCUCCAAUCCCAGCGCCAUCAAAAUUCUUUUGACCGGGGGGCUUAGCAAAGCUUUCCAUGUUCAAGAGGAGGUGAAGAAUUUUAUGCUCCGUCAAGACCUGGCAUAUUCGAUUUAUCCUGUUACAGAAGCGGUUGCACAUGGAGCCGUAUGGCGAGACUUGUUCGGGGGACUCAACCAGUCACCCAAGUCUCCCAGGAAUUUUGGCUUGGUUUCAAGAGAGCUUCCACCGCUUUCACCUGCUGAGCGACGGCCAUUGCAAGUGCCUCCAAUUUUUGGCCGUCCUGUCUGGUUCCUUCCGAAGGACAAAGGAUUCAGCGUCCCUCAUCAAGGGUGCUUGACGGUGAAGAUUUGCCAUGGAAGUAAUGAUCCUGACAUAGUUACCAUCGCAAUUUGCGAGAAUGACGCUUCGGGUGACCCCCCGGCGCAACUAGACAGUCGAUUUAAGUAUCCCCGAGAACUGAUUCUGAUUUUGGCGGGGUUGUUUCCAUUAACACAGUGCGAUAUACGCGCAGCGUGCCGGACCGAUCGCUUCCUCACCUUGAAUUUCGACGGGGCCGCCCUGGAAUACUUCUGGCACCAGAAAGUCGGAGACGAGGUCUUUUACUGUCUGGAAGUGAAGGUCAUUUGGACUAUACCGGCCAGCGACGGAUGGAUCACUCUUCACGCGUUCGCCCUGGGGCGCCGGAUUGGGGAGGUAGAAGUCAACAUGCAGAAUGGGUUCUGA